AUGACCGUGACCGUGGGGGCUAUCGAGGUGCUUUCCACGGGGCCGAAGCAAACCCCAUCCACCGCGAGGGCCGCCGUCGUGCCCGGCGACGCCGAAUCACGCCCGAAACUUGGCCAUGAAGCGCCAGCGUCGAGAGAGACGCGAUGCUGCUCAGACUGGGGCCGCAGCUGGUGCUGGGGGGACCGUCCCUCAUUGGGACCAGGAGAGAUUGGUCCAAAUCACGCCCGGAAUGUGGCAAUCAAGCGCCGUCGUAGAGAGAAACGGAAGGCCGCGCAGCGCGAGAAAGAUCGCGAGGAGCAACGUCUGGAAAUCAGAUAUCGGUUGACCGACCGAUACAUCGAGAUGCAGACGGAGGCAGACCUGGAGCGUUUGAAUGGCCCUGCUCGUGGUAGUGUCCGAGAUGCCCGUAGAGGGCGAGGCCGAGGCGGUUCCCGGGGUCGUGGUGACUAUGACCUGGGGGCCGUGUGUUAA